AUGUCUCGUUGCGCCAAAACGCUGAUGUCUGUCGCAGUGCAAGGAUUGAAACAAGAUAAGUUGUCCUGGAUAACGCUGGUGCGUGAUUUCCCAGAUGACUUGGAUUACUGUGCCAGAGGUCUGGAUGGCACAGUUGCAUACAUUUUAGUAUGCUUUUCCGCAUUUAGUGUUGAAGAGGAAACACUGUUAAAAGCGACUUUGAAUAUUUUCGAGUGGACUCAACGAAGUAUUGCUCAGAAAUAG